UUGACUACUUUUGUUGUCGGUAAGCAUACAGGAUCAAGAGUUGGGGAAUUGAGGGACCUUUCACACCUUAGUGGUACACUUGCCAUUUUGAAGUUGCAGAAUGUGGUGGAUGCUAGGGAUGCCUUGAAGAGUAAUAUGAAGGGUAAGGAGUGCCUUGACAAGUUAAGAUUGGAUUGGGAAGAUGAUAAUGCAAUUGCCGGUGAUUCACAGGAUGCAGCAAGUGUGCUGGAAAAGCUGCAACCUCAUAGCAACCUGAAAGAACUCUCCAUUGGAUGCUACUAUGGUGCAAAAUUUCCAAGCUGGUUAGGGGAACCUUCAUUCAUCAACAUGGUGCGUCUACAAUUCUCUAACUGUAAAAGUUGUGCAUCCUUGCCACCGCUUGGACAGCUACCGUCUCUCCAGAACCUCUCCAUUGUGAAGAAUGAUGUUCUGCAAAAGGUGGGGCAGGAGUUUUAUGGGAAUGGGCCUUCUUCAUUUAAGCCAUUUGGAAGCCUGCAUACUCUGGUGUUCAAGGAGAUAUCAGUGUGGGAGGAAUGGGAUUGUUUUGGAGUCGAAGGGGGGGAGUUCCCUAGUCUCAAUGAGCUCCGUAUUGAGAGUUGUCCAAAGCUGAAAGGGGAUUUGCCCAAGCACCUUCCUGUUUUAACAAGUCUGGUAAUUUUAGAAUGUGGGCAAUUGGUGUGUCAGCUUCCAGAGGCACCCUCCAUUCAGAAACUGAAUUUAAAAGAAUGUGAUGAGGUAGUGUUGAGAAGUGUUGUCCACCUGCCUUCAAUAACUGAGUUGGAAGUGAGUGAUAUUUGUUCCAUACAAGUGGAAUUGCCAGCGAUUUUGCUUAAGCUCACAUCCCUCCGGAAGUUGGUUAUCAAGGAAUGUCAGAGUCUUUCCUCUCUUCCAGAGAUGGGGCUGCCCCCCAUGCUUGAAACCCUUCGAAUAGAAAAGUGCCGCAUUCUAGAGACCCUACCAGAGAGAAUGACUCAAAAUAAUAUCAGUCUCCAGAGCCUGUACAUAGAAGAUUGUGAUUCUCUUGCGUCUUUGCCCAUCAUCUCUUCAUUGAAAUCACUUGAAAUCAGGCAGUGUGGGAAAGUAAAGUUACCCCUUCCUGAGGAGACCACGCACAACUACUACCCUUGGCUUACCUAUUUAUGUAUGUAUAAAAGUUGUGAUUCUCUCACGUCCUUUCCAUUAGCCUUCUUCACAAAGCUUAAGACACUUCAUAUCUGGAAUUGUGAAAAUCUGGAGUCCUUUUACAUUCCAGAUGGACUUCGCAACAUGGAUCUCACAUCUCUCCGAAGGAUACAGAUCUGGGAUUGCCCGAAUCUGGUGUCUUUUCCACAAGGAGGAUUGCCAGCUUCCAACCUGAGAUCCCUUUGGAUCUGCAGUUGCAUGAAGCUUAAGUCACUGCCCCAACGGAUGCACACCCUCCUUACAUCGCUUGACGAGUUGUGGAUAAGUGAAUGUCCAGAAAUUGUUUCAUUUCCGGAAGGGGGUUUGCCGACUAAUCUAUCUUCACUUCAUAUAUCGGACUGCUACAAGCUUAUGGAAUCUCGGAAGGAAUGGGGCUUACAAACGCUUCCCUCCCUUAGAUAUUUGAUUAUCAGUGGAGGUAUAGAAGAAGAGUUGGAGUCAUUUUCCGAGGAGUGGCUGCUGCCCUCCACUCUCUUCUCUCUCGAGAUUCGUAGUUUUCCAUAUCUGAAAUCCCUGGACAAUCUGGGGCUUCAAAACCUCACAUCUCUGGGACGUUUCGAGAUUGGUAAGUGCGUUAAGUUAAAGUCCUUUCCGAAACAGGGGCUGCCCUCCUCCCUCUCUGUUCUCGAGAUUUAUAGAUGUCCUGUGCUGAGAAAACGGUGCCCAAGGGAUAAAGGGAAAGAAUGGCGCAAGAUUGCUCAUAUCCCCCGCAUAGAAAUGGAUGGCGAAGUCAUGGAGUGAUGAGGAUGCCAAGUUUGAAUCAGAAAAUGAAUGGAAUUGGAAUUGGAUCUCGAUCUACACCUCUGUUCCGGAAAAUCACAAUCUAUGCUCACCUGUUCAUCACCUGCUGAGAAUAAUCCCAAAUUUUCUUGUAAGUAUGAACAUGGCUCUUGGUAUUAUUUCGAUCUAUCACUUGAUCAAUAGUAUUGUGUGUAAAAAGAGUAACUGAGGUGAAUGUACAUUUGGAAGGAUAACAUUUGUUACUUACAACCCAAUUGCAAUUUGCAUGUUCUCAACUUCCUA